UACCUCAGCACUAUUUGAUAGUAUAAUACUAAUCUCAUCUGCAGAUCUUCCAUCACAAUUUUUUGUUCUUUUAGUUUUGUGGGUGUGAUAUUUCUUUCAGGAUAUGAUCGUCUUCCACUGGAACUAAAAUUCCUAAGAAGCCUGCCCAGCAGCAAACAACUUCGGCCGAAAGGAUAUACGGUACGGGGAAAGUGUUGAUGCCAUGAACCGCCUCCAAGUUGUUCGCUUCCGUUCUUUGGAGAAACCUAAGGAGGAUGAGUUCUCUCUUAAGUUAUCAAAGGUUCGCAAUUAUGAUGACGUCGUCGAAAGAGUAGCCAACCAUCUUGGCUUGGAUGAUCCAUCUAAAAUAAGGCUUACAUCUCAUAACUGCUACUCCCAGCAACCUAAACCCCAGCCAAUCAACUAUCGAGGAGUGGAACAUCUAUCAGACAUGCUGGUUCACUACAAUCAGAUUUCGGACAUUCUUUACUAUGAGAUAUUGGAUAUCCCUCUACCAGAACUUCAAGGCCUGAAAACUCUAAAAGUUGCUUUCCAUCUUUCUUCCAAGGAUGAAGUAGUAAAUCACACUAUCAGGUUGCCAAAACAGAGCACUGUCGGAGAUGUUCUUAAUGAACUUAAGACAAUGGUUGAGUUGUCACAUCCAAAAGUCGAACUUAGGUUGCUUGAAAUUUUCUAUCACAAGAUCAACAAGAUUUUCCCAAUUGAUGAAAAGAUUGAGAAUAUCAAUGAUCAGUUCUGGACAUUACGUGCAGAGGAGAUUCCAGAGGAGGAGAAGAAACUUGGUCCUCAUGACCGUCUCAUUCAUGCUCAUCACUUUAAAGUCGAUGCAGCUCAGAACCAAGGGGAACCAAGAAGUAGCACCUCUGUCCAGAAUUUUGGGGAACCUUUUUUCCUUGUCGUCCGUGACGGUGAGACCUUGGCUGAAGUCAAGGUACGCAUACAAAAGAGACUGCAGGUGCCGGAUGAGGAGUUUUCAAAGUGGAAGUUUGCAGUACUAUCUUUGGUGCGUCGUGAAUACCUUCUGGACUCGGACAUCAUUUGUAAUCGUGUUCAGAAAAGGGACGUUGUAGGGGUGUGGAAACAGUACCUUGGGUUGGAGCACUCUGACACUGUUCCUAAGAGGUUGAAGGAAGGAAAUCAGCUCUAUCAGAAUGUUCCUAAGAAGUCAUAUGCAGCAAAUCAGGCAGCAAAGCAUGUCCCUUCUGAACCCACUCAAUUCGUCAAUGCUUCAAACCGGGACUCAAACAGCGCAACUCCUCCUCCGGCAGGCAAAGUCAGAUUCUUAUCAUACUGGGUUUCUUCUGAGGCAUCCCUGUUACUCGAAAAGAUCCACGGCCUUCACAAGGACACUUUCGUCAAAUUCUCCGUGACUAGCCGCUUUAUGCAAACAGGGGUACUCGAGUCGUUUGCUUUGUUCGUUGAGUCGAUGUUAACAACCAAGGUGAAUGAGGUGAAUGAAGAAGCGAUCUGCCAGGCAUUCAUUUCGGUCAAGGAGUUUGAGCAAGUGGGGCUGGACUUAUCAUGGCUAAAGCGGAGGCUAGAGGAAGCGGAAUUGGUGAAUAAGCUCUCAGACUCGCGUAUCUUUGUUGAAUCGUGCGAAACUAGUUUGAAAUGGGCUCGAGCCAAGGUUCAUGAACUCAAAGAAGUGCUUGCCAGGGCUAAGGAAGAAGUGGAACUUAUGUCGAGGGAAUCACCCGAAUCGCUUGGUGUAAAUGAUCCUGUACUCGAGGGUGUUUUGUAAAAUGCAAACUUUUUGUCAAAAACGUUUUCGAACUCCUUUGUGUUUGAUUGAUGCCUUCGCAUGCUGAUUUGCGAGGAUAGGAGCUCCAGUGCAUAGUUUUGUAACGGCUCAAUUCCUCUAUGCUGCUUGAGUGACUUGUAUAUGUUGCUGCUUUUAUCUGCUAGGAUGCUGUGUAAAAAGAAACAUUAUUAGUUACCUUUGUUUGGUUCCCAUCUUUGAGAAACCCAUUUUUCUCGUUGCA